AGCACGCGCCCACACAACUCGAUUCUGAUUGGCUGCAGCAGGAAAAGAAAAAUCCCGCGCGCAGUUCUACAGAUCGGAGCGGGAAGCGGAGCUCCGUGUGGAGGAGGCUGAGCGGUGUCACGUGACCCCGGGGGGAGGCGGAGAAGUAAAAAUGAAGAGAAGUUUCCCAGCAGCCUGUCUUCAGCCUUUACCUAUCUUCAGCCAAAAGAAAAGAAACAGACAACCACUAAUCUCAGUUCCUCAAAAAAAUGAAGGCUUUGGUUUUGCUCCAGAGAGUGUUGAAUUCUCCUCCAUGCCACCAGCAGAUACAGAUUCCAUGUGGGGAAGCAGAACUUACCAGGCGGGUAAUGGAGCAAAAAAGGUAGACUAUAGGUCCAGCUUUUGGUUUGGAGAUGAAAAUGAUUCAUGCACUUCCGCUAAAGAUUUGAAUUCUUACCCUAAAAGACACUAUGGGCAAAUGCAAAUGUCAGACAGCUCAAAAGGUCAGACCAAUAACCAUAACUAUGCUACACAAGUUAAUUCUUCACUGCAGCGUUCAAAACAAACACCCACAUCAUCUUCAAAGAGAUUCCAGUAUUCCUUUGCUGCAUCAUCUGGAUCAAAGCCUCCAUAUACCUUUAAAAAUGUUAAAGGGAAAAAAGAUGAUGCGUUUGACGACAUGCCUGAGGAAGAAAUGGUGCAGGCUAUACCACUUUAUCAAAUUACUCUAAAAGAAAAACUUAAUACUUUAAGAAUCAUAACUGCAUCAAUUGAAAGCAUGAAGCACUGGAGUCAGUACACAGACCAAACUCCAUUACUGUUUGAGACAUUUGCUGUGCUUGAUUCUGCUGUCACAUCUGGUAGUCAUGGAUCAAAAUUAUUCAUUUUGAAGGAUGGCAAAAACCAUGUUCAAUGUGUUUUUUAUGAAAUUGACCGAGAUUUGCCAAGACUAAUUAGAGGUCGAGUUCAUAGAGCCAUGGGGAACUAUGAUAAAGAAAGAAACCUGCUCAAGUGUGUUUCUGUGAGGCCUGCAUCAACAGCAGAGCAACAGACCUUUACAGAGCUUGUCACAGCUUGCAGUAAUGAGAUGGAGAAAUACAUUAGGACAAUGAAUACAAAGUAGACUUCAUUUGGAUAUGUUUAACCUGAAUGUUAAUAAAAUAUUUGCGUUGAAAAUAAAACUUUAUUUUAUCUGUAAAAAAAAAAAACAUUACAUUGGUAUAUCUUAUCACAAGAGCCAGAUGUGUGUAAAUUGUAUACCCUUUAGUAAUGCUUUAUUAAUGAUGUAAUUUCAGUUUUU